AUCUUGUGGAAGGGGAGAGCUUGCGCGCGCGCCCUACCCCCCCUACGGUGUCCUUCAAAUGGCAUCGCCCACCGUGGAUCCUCCGCGAGGCGGUGGCGGGACAGACCAAAUGCAAUCUUUCGAGAGGGGUGAGCCUGUUUAAUGGGUAGGUAGGCUUUGUGCAAGGGCGGGUGAGGUAUUUAACGUUAGAUACUGAGGUGGUAUUAGCAUUAUUAGCUUGACUGCCUAUUCUUUUCUUUUCCCUCGGCAGGAAGGUGGGGGAGGGGGGACACACACACACGACUUCUGCAGUUGGUAUGGAGCAGGCUGAAGUUCCACCGGGAGAGUUUCCCCCCAGCCUUGCAUUCACUACCCAGAGGACACGAAGUGGCACAGAAGCGAAGAUGUAACCUGCUGUUGGAAGCCCUCUUCCAUCUUAAUCAGGAUCUCUGUUGGGGCCUUCUGCGUGCAUUCCCACUGAGCUGCUGUCCUUUCUGCAUGGCGCUUUAAAAAUGCAAUAAGAGAGGUAAAGUGAUUAAAGGAAGCGAUCAAAACCACCUAUGUGUGCAUGUGAUGGUGGUCUCAAUAUCUUUAUUCCUUGCAUCAUUCCAGUGUGGUGGUUGUAUAAACUAACAGCACUGAAUUUUGAAUUGCAUUUUGUUAUGUUUCUGUAUACGCUGGAAGCCACCCAGAGUGGCUGGGGCGACCCGGUCACAUGGGCAGGGUACAAAUAAUAAAAUUAUUACUAUUAUGGUGAUAUAAUCUACCAGUACUGUGGUGGGUAAUUAGUCUUGAGCAUCUGUUUUAGCACUUGUUUUCCUCUACCUUACUCCAGAGGCUCUCUAACCAGUAGAGUGCUUUGGCAUUGCCUGAGGAUAUAUUGAAGUCAUGCUCAUAUCCCUCCCCAGUAGGAUGCUUGCUUCCCAUUGGGGUCUACAAUUUGAGCAAACAUUCAUCUGAUGGUAGGUACUUACAAGAGGCGUGAGGCGGCACAUGUACAGAAUGCAUACAGUGGUACCUCGUUUUACGAACUUAAUCCGUUCCGGAGGUCCGUUCUUACACCGAAGCCGUUCUUAAACUGAGGCGCGCUUUCCCUAAUGAGUCCACCAGCCACCAUUGCCCUUCCACUGUUCGUUGACCGAGGUAAAGUUCGCUAACCGGAACAAUACUUCUGCUUUUGCGGAGUUCGUAACCCGAAUAGUCAGUUAACAGGACUGUUCGUAGACCGAGGUACCGCUGUAUUGGCAAAUUACGGCGGUGGAUUGCAGCUUUACAGCAUACCCAAACUCUCUGUGAGCAAAAUCGGGGGAAGGGGCAUGAGAUCUGGGGCUUAGCACAAAAGUACUUGUUAAUAAUUAUCCCACAUCUUUGCAGUUGGUGGUGGUGGUAAUGGCGGCCAUGUUGGCUGGCUGCCUUUGAGAGUGUGGCGGGUUUAAAAGUUGAUUGAUUUAUUUAAUGCAGCUUUGUAAGGAAGCCCAUGAUAGCUGAUUAGCUUAAAGCAGGCAUAGGCAAACUCGGCCCUCCAUAUGUUUUUGGGACUACAACUCCCAUCAUCCCUGACCACUGGUCCUGUUAGCUAGGGAUCAUGGGAAUUGUAGUCCCAAAACAUGGAGGGCCGAGUUUGCCCAUGCCUGGCUUAAAGGCUAGCAGAACAAUCUGCAAAGAGGCUACUGUUGUGUGUUUUCAUACUGGCUGCAGAGGAAGGUGACAUCCAGUUAAGUCAUACUUGGAUAAGAAUAACCAUUUAAAUAAAUGUGCUUAAAUGGGUCUACUCUGAGCAUGAGUUACAUCGUAUAAUGCAAGUGUCCCUGCCCAAUCUGGUAGAGAUGAUAUAAUAGUGAAAAAGAGAAGAGGAGACCAGACUAGCAGGAAAAUUCAGACACUAAUUCUUCAUAGAGUAUUCCCCAGUAUCACCCGUAUUGGCAGGGAAUGCCCUGAUGGUGCUGCUGCCACUGGAUGUUGCCCAGCUGGUGUUGACCUAUGUCAGGGCCUUUUUGGUGGUGGUUUCCCAUUUGUGGAAUGCCCUCCUUGGUGAAACGCAUUUGUAUCCCUCACUAUUCACUUUCACAAGGAAUUUAAAGAUAUUCUUGUUUACCCAGGCACUCGAUGACUGAAAUAUACUGUUCCUGGCAACCAUGAAAAUGAUUAGUUUCAAGAGUAUGUGAUUGUUUUUAGACAAAUUUUUAAUUUUACUUUUAGUUGAAUUGUUUUAUCACUUUUCUGUGUCCUGCUGCCCUAGGUCCCUUGGGAGGUAAAUUUAAUAAAUGAAUACAUAAAGUUAUAUAUGUUUAUUUUAUUUAUUAAAUAUCUAUUCUGCCCUUCAUUUGAGGAUCAAACGGCAGUUUACAAUAACCCCCCCACAAAAAUACAUACUGUAGUAACAAAAAGAAACAAUACCCCACAGUUUAAAAGGCCAUAGAUUUAUUUUUAUAUGGAGACAAAAAAGUGAUAUUUUGAUUUUCUAUUCAUAUAUAGUUAAUACUCCUCUAUUGUUUUUUAAUUAUUAUUUCUUUAGGCACUUUGAUCACAGCUGCGGUAUCCAUGCUGAAGAGAGAUUGUGGCUCAGCAUCAUGUUCAGCCAUAGCAACCCUAUUCGUAUGAGUGGACUCAUUCUGCAGUUAAGCCAAGUUUCCAACACACCUGCUAGAAAUGGAACUUCCUGGAGGCGUCUAAACUCUGAAGUUUGUGAAAGGAACUGUUCUUGUAAUUAGUGCUGUUCAAGCCAAGCAGCUGUGAAUAAUUUGUAUGCAUCUAAGGCAUUACCUAUAGGGAUUGUGUCUAAACCACAGAGCCUAGGGCUUGCCGAUCAGAAGGUCGGUGGUUCGAAUCCCCGCGACGGGGUGAGCUCCUGUUGUUCGGUCCCAGCUCCUGCCCACCUAGCAGUUUGAAAGCACAUCAAGUGCAAGUAGAUAAAUAGGCAUUGCUCCGGUGGGAAGGUAAAUGGCGUUUCCGUGCGCUGCUCUGGUUUGCCAGAAGUGGCUUAGUCAUGUUGGCCACAUAAUCCGGAAGCUGUCUGCGGACAAACGCCAGCUCCCUCGGCCAGUAAAGCAAGAUGAGCGCCGCAACCCCAGAGUUGCCCGCGACUGGACCUAAUGGUCAGGGAUACCUUUACCUUUAAGGCAUUACCUAUUAAUGUUCCUAUUUUACAUUCAUCCACACUUUAUUAGAUAUUUUUAUAUAGAUACAUAUAUAAUUUCUGAACUUUGAAGUCUGAGAUUGUACUUUUUAAUUUUUUUAAUGCUGUGUCUGAUGUAAUAAAGUAGAUCAUUAUUUGUUAAUUGAAUACAGUAAUAAAAAGUUUGAUAGUUAUUCAUAUUGAAUAUUAUAUUAAUAUAUUAUUAAAUAAAGCAUACCUUUGCAC